AUAAAAAAUAGUGCAACAAAUUUAUAGCAAUUGAUAACGGCUGGGAUUUGACUUAAAUUUCUAUCGGUUGCUUGUAAUUGCAGUGAAAAAAAUGAAAAUUUUGAGAACAACCUCCAGAAAAGUCGUAGUCGAAUUGUUCCAAAAUAGCUUUUUCAAUAAAGAAACGCCAUCAAAAAUAUUUUGAAUUAUGGCAUCGAAUCAGAAAAAACCAAAAAGAUUGCCAACAAUCGCGAAAAUGGUGAAUGCAGCUCUAAUGAGUUCUGAUGGAAGGAAAGGUAUAACAAUAAUUGGAAUUUUGAAAUUCAUGCAUCUCACAUAUUCAGCAGAAACAACUCCUCUCAGAAAAAAGUUAGUUAGUAAAUAUAUGACUGCAUUAAUGGAUUGCCAAGCCAUACAUCAUAUAAAAGGUCGUGGUUUAGUGGGACGCUUUAAACUGGCUGACAGAAGAGAAUUCGAACGAAAAAUAAAAACAACAAAUCAAACCCGUACUGAAACCAGAAAUACAAAUGAACCACUCAAGAGUUUAAGAAGGCCACAAGAGAACGUUCCCGUGGAUGAUCCACCACCUUUAAGUCAAGUCUAUGAAUUAGAUCAACCCGGGACCAGCCAAGAAUUAAUGGCACGAAACAGAAAUAUUUUGUGUAUAAACGAUGAUCAAUUCGAUACUCCAAUGGCUCCGCGACAUGCUUCGACACCAAUGCCGGCAAUAAACUUUCCAUUAGCUCCACACCGUUUACAGACUGAAAUUAAAGAGCAAUCCGUAUUGAAUAGCAUAGAAACAACCCCACGGACAUCUUCUGCUGGGAAAAAAAUACGUCGUCGAAAGGUAUAUUAGAAUUUUAUGUAA